AUGUUCGAUUUACGCAAGAGAUUAAAGAAACUUAAGCGGAAAGAGCUAGCUCCCGAGGUUAGUACAUGUCCGAACCGGCAUCCUAAACAAACUGUUCCGGCGCCAGUCACCGAACACCAAGAUCGCUACGGACUCUUCCUUCUUAACGAAAACACGUUGCCUGACGACUCGAAAGACAAUAGAGGUGUGGAUAUCGUGGCUAUACAUGGCCUGAAUGGGAACGCUUACACAACAUGGGAACACGAGAAUGGAACUUUGUGGCUCCGUGAUCUGCUCCAGAGGGACCUUCCUGGGUCUCGUAUAUAUACCUACGGGUAUCCAUCUGAGCUUUUUUGGAGUAACUCAGUAGCCAAAUUGCGAGACUAUUCUGGGAAUCUUCUAAGCUCUCUCGCAGCUGUUCCAGAAAGAAGACAGCGCCCGAUAAUAUUUGUCUGUCAUAGUCUAGGUGGCAUAGUGUGUAAGCAGGCACUUGUUCUAGCACAUGAAAACGACCAUCUGUAUGGUGACACGAUAUCUGCUUUUUCAGCUAUUGUUUUCUUCGGAACACCACAUCGUGGUUCGACAGUGGCCGAUGUUGGGAAGAUGAUAGGAAGAGUUGUCAACAUGUGUAUGCGCGCAUCACUAAUUACAGGCAUAUCUGGGUCCAUACGAGACGACCUUCUCACCAUCUUGGAGUCUAAUUCGCAAGCGCUGAACGAUCUUGCUGUUUCUUCCCGGAACCGUCUGAGGAACUUAGAGAUCGUUACCUUCUACGAAACGGAGAUGAUGCCUGGGCUUUCUGAACUUGUAGUCCAUCGAGGUUCUGCCAUAAUGGAAAUACCAUGCGAAGAAGUCAUACCUCUUUAUGCGAAUCACAGAACAAUGUGCCGUUUUGGAGGUGCAACAGAUGGCGGUUACAUUUGCACUUUGAAUGUCAUAAAACGCUUAGCCAAGACAGCCCUCCUAAACCGAGAAAUGGCAAGGAAAGUUGACCGCACAUCGUCCAAUCAGUCUUUAAGCGAAACUGAACGAUCUUGUAUGGUUCUGCUGAAUUCAAUCUACCUUGCGGAGUAUAAAGCGCAACUACCAAGGCCGGUAAAGGGAACUUGUAGCUGGAUUCUAACCCACCCUGCGUAUUUGGCCUGGCUAACAACUGAAGAAACAAAACUACUUUGGAUCACAGGUGAACCAGGCUGUGGCAAAACCAUGCUUUCUGCAUAUCUAACAGAUCACCUAAGACUAGACCAUGCUACUUCAGUCAAACCUCAAGUCUUUUUCUUCUUUUGCGACGAUAAAGUUAAGUCUCAGAGAGAUGCAAACGCUAUACUCAGAGGCAUCCUGUAUCAAAUCGUCCAGCAGCACCGAAAACUCAUCAAAUAUGUUAAGUCUCGUUUCGAAAUCGACGGACCUAGCCUCGCAAACUCCUUCCAGGCGCUUUGGGAACUUUUCCUAAAGAUAGUCGCCAAUUCCACGGCAGGCGCCGUCAGAGUCAUAGUGGAUGCAAUUGAUGAAUGUGAAGUGAGGACGCGUAACAGCUUCUUGAACGCCAUAGCGCAGCUAGUACACGAGUCUCAGGAUGUAUAUCGACAGUCUAGAAACUGCGUCAAAUUCCUAAUAACCAGUCGCCCGUCGCUCGGAAACUCAUACAAUCUCACAGGAUUGAUGAAGAACAGAAUACCAAUCGAGGAAGAUCAGGGUGUUGUCAGUGAAGACGUGAAGCUGGUCAUUCGAAGCAAGGUUGGCGAUAUUGCAAAAAAGUUUAACUGCGAUGAUGAGACGAGGAACUAUUUGGAGCAAGUACUAUAUUCUAAGUCUGAUCAGAGCUUUCUCUGGUUGAAUAUGGUACUACAUAGCUUGGAAACGAGUUCAAAAGCGUCAAAGAGAGAUUUCGAACGAAUUAUCGACACAUUCCCACAGAGUCUUGAGGCUACCUAUAACAGAUUCCUACGCGGAAUCUCAGUCGGGAAUCGAGAAGAUGCCGGGAAAAUUCUACGUCUACUCGUUGGGUGCUCGAGGCACUUGACAUUACUGGAGAUUAAUACUGCAUUUUCAAUUGAUCAGUAUCACAAAUCUAUAGCCGAUGUGGCAAAUGAUUUACAGCUUUCUAUUAGCACAACGCUACAGAACGUCGUAGGUUCUUUCGUCCGCAUCAGAGAGAGAAAUCAAAGCUCCAAUCAGGAAUCACAAGUUUCGCUUGUACAUCAGUCCGCAAAAGAAUACCUAACAGAUCUCGCACUUCGUUCCUCAGACAGAACAGUGCAGAGUCUUGCGAUUUCUUCUACAAACGCAGCCCUGGAAAUAGCCCAAUCAUGUGUACAGUACCUCCUCUUAGAGGAAUUCCAACUGGACAUUUUUGCUUCAGAAAGAACGAGCCUGGGGACCAACUCACCUGAAUCAUAUGGCUCAUUCCCAUUGAACGAUUUCGACACAAUAGCUUCAGACGGUCCUCUCGGCCUAGACGAUCACCUCGGCCUAGAAAACUUCUUCAAAAACUCACGCGAGCUAGACGAGGAGCAAUGUGUUCUGGCAGCCCAGAAGUACAAGUUUUUUGAUUAUGCUGCAACUCAUUGGGCAGAGCACUACUCGUUAUCUGAAGACAUCGCUCCAAAGUCUGUCCAUGAUGCCGCCAAGGAAUUAACGACGAAUUCUAGUUGUGUUCUAACAAACUGGCUGAAAUAUUACUGGUUUAUGAGCAAUAUGGAAUACUCGUUUCCAGAUGUUUUUGAGGCCAUUGAAGUAGCCGCAUUUUUCAACCUCUCUAUACUGCUUAUUGAGAUUAUAGAGCAGGCUGAGUUUGACAGUGAUGCAAGAAAAACUCAGGCUCUGUUCUGGGCAGCGAGAAGGUCCUCACUGAAGUGUAUGAAAGUGUUACUUCAGCAUGGGGCAAACCCUAAUGGAAUUGGUAUCGACCGACAAACACCCUUGACUAUAUCCGCGCAGUAUGGUAAUCUGGAUGCUGUACAGAUACUUCUUGACGAGCCAUCCACGGACGUUACUUUUGGAGGCAAAUCCGGAAGGUCAGCACUAUCAUUUGCAGCAGGGAAUGGACAUCUGGAGAUUGUUGAAAUCCUGCUAAAACAUGGAGCGGUCACAUCAGACGACCAGGAUAGCGCACAUUGGACCCCACUUUUCUGGGCUGUAAUAGGAGAUCAUGCGAACAUUGUGCAACUAUUGCUCAAACAGCCGUCAAUCGAUAUCAAUCAAAUUGACAAACAUGGGCGCUCAGUACUAUCUUGGGCUGCAGGGGAGGGCGCGAGACGAGCUCUGAAAGUCUUACUUCAGCACCCCUCUAUCGACCUGAAUCUGAGGGAUAUCAAAGGGCUCUCUCCACUGCUGUGGGCUGCAAGGAAUAAUCAAAAAGAAGUGGUGAGUACUUUGAUGCACAAAACAGGAGUCAACAAAACCGCAAAAGAUAAGGACUUACGCAAUGCGAUCUCCUGGGCAUGUCAAGGGGGGCAUACUGACACUUUGCGCAUUUUACUAAAGAACAAAUGCGGCGGUGAGGACGACGUCGAUAUUGACGGUUGGACACCAUUACUGUGGGCACUCUUUAAUGAAUCUCCAGCGACUGUGGAAACGCUUCUUUCGAGCCGUCGCGUCCAAAUCGACCGUCAAGACAGCUAUGGGCGUACAGCUUUGAUAUGGGCUGCGAGCUAUGGGUAUCUAGACGUGGUGCAGCUACUAGUGUCAUGGAAAGCAAAUCUGCUUAUCAAGAAUCAAGGUGGACAUGCUGCUGCAGAUGUUGCAAGGAUAGAAGGGCACACUGAAGUGUGGGAGUUUUUGGAGGCUGAGCAAAACAAGGAAAUAUAG